AUGGGGACCCAAAGCACCGACUGCAAUGGACUGUACCAGGACCUGACAUCCAUCCAGGAACUCGACAUCUCCACAGCUCGAUUAAAUGACUUUUGCACGUCUCCUGUGAGCGCCAGCAGCGGGAAACCCACGCGCAAGCGGGUGAUCAGCAGCGUCCAGCGCCAGGCAGCGAAUAUCCGCGAGCGCAAACGGAUGUUCAGUCUCAACGAGGCGUUUGACCGACUGCGCAGGAGGGUUCCCACCUUCACCUACGAGAAGAGACUGUCCCGGAUAGAGACUCUGCGCCUGGCCAUCGUCUACAUCUCCUUUAUGACGGACAUACUCGAGAACAACUGA